AUGGCCUUAUUAGCCCUUCCCUCAGAGCUACUUGCGAUCAUCACGUCUCUGUCGGACACGGAAACGCUCAAGGCCCUGAGGCUGGCAAACCACAUGUUACGCGCCUCUGCAACGAAGAAUCUGUUCUCCACAGCCUCACUGUUUACGGAGGAUAUAAGUUGUGAGGCUUUCGAGUCCAUCAUAACACAUCCGCAGUUGAAAGAAUACGUGCACAAGAUCCGCCUCAAUACUGUGGAGUUUAUAUCCGACCCCGACACAGAUAACGAUGAGCUUGAACUACCUGUCAAAUGGAAGGAGCUCCUACUUAUGCUUCCAAAUAUUCCGAAUCUCAAAAGCGUUGUUCUGCGCUUCGACAAAUAA